AUGCCUGCUUUCCAGUUCUUCCACGCCAUGCAUGCGGGCAGAACGCAACCCAACGAAACGCAAAGCCGGAGUGUUUGCGCAAGAGUGACGAGGAGAAAGACGUUUGACAACAAUUGCCGUGUUAUGAGGCGGUUGAUGAUGAUGAUGAUGAUGAUGAUUUUGACGCUCGUCACGAUGGGGGUCCAAAUGAAGGCUCUUUCUCAACAAACUGUGGACUUGUGUCACAACAUCCACACGUCAGACUUGGAAAUCCCAAGCGGCCUUUCCUCCUCCACGCAAUGCCUGGAGGUGAAGAGGACCCGAAUUCCCGUGAUCCGUGGCAGUGCCUUCACUGGCCUUCACAAUCUCAGGAGAGUGCACAUUGUUGACAACGACGUCCUGAAGACUGUGGCCGACUUUGCUUUCUCCCGCCUUCCACAGCUGGCCAACAUCUUCAUCUCGCAAAACGCCGUGUUGGAGUCAAUCGGCGCCUUCGCGUUCUCGGAUCUCCCCGAACUCAUUGAGCUGACCAUCGCCAAGUCCAAACAUCUGACAUCCAUCCAUCCAGAUGCCUUCAAGGACCUCGUCAAGCUGCGACGUCUGAUCAUCUCCAACACGGGAAUCCUGACCUUGCCUGAUUUCUCCAAGAUGCACUCGGCCGCUGACUACUUUGUGCUCGACCUGCACGACAACAGCCGCAUACAGAAGGUACCCGCCAACGCCUUCAACGGCGCUUGCACGCAAGCUAUCAGAGACAUACGGCUGACCAGGAACGGCAUCAAGACGGUAGCAAGAGACGCUUUCAACGGCACAAAGAUGCACAGAUUGUCGCUGAAAGGCAACCGGCAACUUAGUUACAUCCAUCCAAACGCCUUUGCGAGUUCCAGCGAGUUGGUCUUAAUUGACAUCUCGCAAACGGCGCUCAGCUCGCUGCCGGACGCCAUCUUGGGCAACCUCCACAGUCUGAUUGCCGAGUCUGCGGUCCGCCUGAAGAAAUUUCCUCCUCCGCAAGCCUUCGCCAAGCUGCACGAGGCCCGCGUCACCUACCCGUCGCACUGUUGCAUCUUCCUACCCAUGCAAAGAAACAGUUCCAAGCACCCGCUGUGCUCUCUGCGAGAGGCCCGCGAGAACGCCGCUUUCUUCUGGGACCACUGCUUGGGGAACUUCAACGUCACCUGCAGCCCGGCGCCUGACGCCUUCAACCCUUGCGAAGACAUCAUGACCUCUGCCUCGCUGCGGGGCCUCAUCUGGGUGGUGUCCGUGCUGGCUCUGCUCGGAAACGUGCUCGUGCUGCUCGUCUUGUUAGGCAGCGCGUCCAAGCUGACGGUGCCGCGCUUUCUCAUGUGCCACCUGGCGUUCGCCGACCUGUGCAUGGGCGUGUACCUCCUGGUCAUUGCCGCCACGGACACGCUGACCCGGGGACACUACCACAACCACGCCAUCGACUGGCAGACGGGCCUGGGAUGCGAGGCCGCCGGAUUCUUCACAGUGUUUGCCAGCGAGCUGUCAGUGUUCACGCUAACGGCCAUCACGCUGGAGCGCUGGCACACCAUCACGCACGCCCUCCGCCUAGACCGCAAGUUCCGCCUGAGGCACGCCUGUGCGGUCAUGACGGCCGGUUGGAUCUUCUCCUGCCUCGCCGCCACCAUGCCCACGCUGGGCGUCAGUAGCUACAGCAAGGUGAGCAUCUGCCUGCCCAUGGACGUGGAGUCGUCGUGGUCGCAGGUAUACGUGGUUUCUCUGCUUCUUCUCAACAUGGCAGCCUUCGCGUGCGUGUGCGCCUGCUACCUCAGCAUCUACCUGGCGGUGCGUCACCCGUCGGGCGCGACCGCCCGCGCCGACGCCCGCGUAGCGCAGCGCAUGGCCGUGCUGGUGUUCACCGACUUCCUGUGCAUGGCGCCCAUCUCCUUUUUCGCCGUGUCGGCGGCGCUCAAGCGGCCGCUCAUCACCGUGUCUGACGCCAAACUGCUCCUGGUGCUUUUCUACCCCAUCAACUCGUGCGCCAAUCCCUUCCUCUACGCCUUCUUUACACGCGCCUUCCGCCGCGACUUCGUCCUGUUGGUGGCGCGCUUUGGCCUGUGCAAGGCGCGAGCCCACGGCUACCGCGCCGACAGCUCGUCGUGCCAGCUCAAGAGCGGCCCCGUCAACAUGUGCUUGACGUCGGCCGGCCGGCCGGGCGUCGACAGGUGACGAUGCAACGUUAGCUAUGCCUUGGCGGUUCCAUCACAAUCCGAUAUGUGAUGGAAAUGCCUUUGAAAGGACAGCAGACAGGCACUGAUGGAUUGAUUGACGCUUUAUGUCCAACUUUUUCUAAAGAGCAGAAUAAAACAUCUGAGGGGCAGUUCACAGCUGUGUAUAGACAAUCUCUGUUGCGUGCUCCAUCCGGUUGCCAAACGAAUUCACCGCUGGGAGGCAUAAACAUAAACUGAACUGUGACAAAAUGGGGGGGUGGGGGGGAAUACAAUUACACUUUUAGAAUUCAUAUUUGCAUAUCACGUUGAAUAAUAAUGCCAUUCUCAUAAGCAUAGUACUGCAUAUUCCAUAUUGUCAAGUGUCCCCAUGUUCUUUGAAUAGCACCAUGAAACACAAACUCAUUAUUAGCAGUGUUGGUGUUUAUCUUAUGUUACAUGUACCAAUUGCAAAUGUAUUUAUGUUCUGUUGUUAUUAUAGCCUUUAUAAAGAUGCUUUCUUCAAACA